CUAGUAGCGUUUCAGGCUCUCUCGUCUCAGGCAUCCCAGAGUGUGAAGGAUGACUUCCUGGCAACGCAGCGGUCCUCUGCGUAUCCUCCUGCUCUGCUGCGUGGCGGUCACUGUCUGCGCUGAGGCUUCCAGCGGCGGAGCCAGAGCGUGUUGGUCGCCCAGCGUCACCUCUUGCGCAGAUUGCCUCCGACGUGGACCACAAUGUGCUUGGUGUUUCCAGGAGGACUUCUUGCACGGGGCUGAACAGAGCCGUCGCUGCGAUCUACCGGACAACCUUCGCAGGAGAGGUUGCAGACCUGAGUUCAUGGAGCAUUCAGAUGUCAAAGUGGAGGUCGGCGCUACACUCAGCAGCACACAAGUGUCGCCACAAGAAAUCAGCAUCACCCUACGACCAGGUUCAGAGGUCAGUUUUAUUGUGGCUGUGAAGCAACUGGAGCGCUAUCCUGUGGAUCUCUACUAUCUGGUGGAUGUAUCAGCCUCCAUGCAGGAAAACCUCGAUCAUCUCAAGACGGUGGGCAUUGCGCUGUCCCGCCGGAUGGCACAGCACACCUCAGACCUUUGGCUGGGUUUUGGCUCGUUUGUGGACAAACCUGUCUCACCUUAUAUUAGUGUCCAUCCCUCUAAGAUUGACAACCCCUGCAGUGAUUACCAGAUCCACUGUCGCCCAGCCCACGGUUUCCACCAUGUCCUCAGCAUGACUGGCAACAUCAGCGAGUUCACACGGGUGAUGAAGAGACAGCGUAUCUCCGGUAAUGUAGACACGCCCGAGGGAGGACUGGACGCCAUGCUACAGGCAGCUGUCUGCCAGCGUGCAGUUGGGUGGCGAUCAGAGGCAAAGCGUCUCUUGCUCCUGAUGACAGACCAGCCGUCUCACCUCGCUCUGGACAGCAGGCUGGCUGGGAUCGUAACACCACAUGACGGCCGGUGUCACGUGGUGAACAACAUUUACACUGGAAGCACAAGGAUGGAUCAUCCCAGUUUGGGUCAACUGUCUGACAAGCUACUUGAAAACCAUAUCUACCCCAUCUUCGCUGUGGAGAAGAAGCAGUACCAGUGGUAUGAGGAGUUAGUGAAUCUUCUACCUGGCUCCUUCCUGGGAAAGUUGGGCGUCUUUCAGGCACCGAACCUUAUAGAUCUGGUGGUAGAUGCAUAUAAGAGGUUGUUGUCAGAGGUGGCGGUGUCAGUGUCAGUGGAGGACAAGGCAGUCAGCAGGUACUGGGUGUCUGUUUCUCCUCUUUGUCCUCACGGAUCCUUUGCCAAGGACCAGGGCUGCUCGGGGGUGCACCCAGGCCAGGCGGUCUACUUUAAUAUCACCGUUGGCCAACACUCCUGCGCUGAUGAUGGUGAAGAUGAAGAUGUAACAAUGUUAGUACGUCCAGUGGGCUACAAUGAAUCCACUGUCAUCAGGAUCCAUUCUAAAUGUCAAUGCAAAUGCGGACCAAUGGGCCAGUGUGAUGGGAAUGACCAGUCAUCCUGCAGAGGAAGCCAGGGCAGUGUCACCCAAGAGCAGAGGCCAGACCAUGGACACAUGAAAGACUCAAUCUCAGAUCGAAAUAGAAAUUGCAAAGCAGAUGGGUCAAGUGUGAACUGCAGUGGGCGUGGUGUGUGCGAGUGCGGAAAAUGUGUGUGUGAGCAAAGCAGGCUCGGGGUGGUAUAUGGGAAAUACUGUGAAAUGGAUGACUUCUCCUGCUCAUAUGAAAAGGGACUGUUGUGUGGAGGCCGAGGUGUGUGUGUGUCAGGAGAGUGUGUGUGCGAGGAUGGGUGGACAGGUGAUGGCUGUGGUUGUCCCACCUCUGAGACCAUCUGCCAAUCACCAGAUGGCUUGCUUUGCAGUGGGCGAGGCAGGUGUGUGUGUGGCAAGUGUGUGUGUGAUGACCCUCAACACUCAGGAGACUUCUGUGAGAGAUGUCUUACCUGCCAACUCACCCAACAAUCCCCCUGUAAGAGUGUGGACUGUCAUCGUUCUCAAACUCUCUCCCAAGAUGAAAAAAGUCUAUGCAACACCACCUGCGCACUGUAUGUUGGCUCCAUAAAAGAUGUUUCAGAGCGUGUCAGCUGUGGGCGGCUGGUUGGAACUUUCCUGUGUGUGUGUGCCAUGACGCUGCUGUGCGGGCUAGUGGUGGUGGCCGUGUCACGCUUGCUGCUGCAAAGGAGAGUCAUGCCACGAGGGGGCGCUGCUGCAGAUUUAGGCUACCCUUGCACUGGAAAGGAUCUCUCGUAUAUUCCUACAACCAAUGAGAAAACAGUUACCUACAGGAGGGACCGUCCGCCUGACCACCUAGUGGAGAUGCACAUACAGGUUCAUAAGAUGCCUCUUGAUGAACACUGGCAGUUCUAAACAGAGCAUGAAUUUUGAAGUCUACAUGAAGGCAUCGAGGCUACAAAGAAGAAGAGCUGGACUAAAAGCUAAUAUUCUGCUCCUUACAUUCCCUGACACCAACGAACAUUAUGUGAAGGACAGGAUGAUGCUAAACUUGACUCCAAAACCUCAAUGGAAUUAAUUUCUUUGAAAUCAAUUGCCCAAACCAAGAGAGACUUUGUGACUACAGUGGCCAGUAUCUUGUCAAUCAAGAUGAACAAAGAGUACAAGUCGUCACCUCUUCUUCAUCUACAGCAGCAAAGAGGCUGCAGGGUAAAUGGUUCCUCUCAAAUCCAUGCAGAGCUACUUCUCUAACAUAUGGAUGAGUUUGUUUGUUUAUUUGUUUGUUUGUUUGUUUGUGUGUGUAUGUGUUGAGCUGGUAGUUGCAUUUGUGCUUUUUAUUUAUGACUUUAAAUUGUAACACUAGAUGUUAGAAGUUCAUGCACCACGUGCAUCGUCUCCUUGUCCUUGUCUGCCCCCAUGUGGUCAACUUAUUGAACUUAAUCCUCUUUGCAAAAACACUUGACCUCAGCUGCUUUGACUGUUCAACCAAUGAUUGUUUGCCCUUAACAUUUUUUAAGUCACAUGUGUUGGAUGAUUAAUAAUAUUCUGUAUUCUGACUGUUCUUAACAAGGUAAACUUGCACUAGAAAAGCUGCAUUAUACUACUGAAAACUGUGGGCACUCUAGAACAGGAGAGCUGAGAACUUUGGGCAUUUGAAGCUGAUGUAACAAAUCCACCUGAACACUGGAACAACAAUGACUGAGAUUCAUUGUUUAAAAUAUGUAUAAUCAACAGUUAUUUAUAGUGAUACAACAAUGAACACCUGGACACGUGAGCCCUACAUCACUGCCAUACUUUCAUGCUUUUGCCGAUGAUCUAUUUUCAGAACUGUUUGGACAACUUGAGGCUUUCAGGUACGAA